AUGAAAAGACCAACCAACAACACACAUCUUCCCGAGAAAAUAUCAACAGAGAUUCUAGCAAGGUUACCAUUGAGAAGCAUCUCCAGCUUCAAAUCUGUUUGCAAAACAUGGAAAUCUACAACUGAAUCUAUCUUCUUCCGACGUCUCUUUGUGUCUCUGCACAAAAACUCAUCUUCCUCUUGGUCACUAAUACGUGGAUCUUAUAGGUGUGAAGAUUAUAUAGGGUUAUAUGGAUGUCAGACAUGGGAUCUUCCAAAGUCUCCAGCUUCUUAUAUCACAGUUUUACCGGAUCUUCGAACCGGUAAUUUCGUUUGUUAUUUUUCUUCCAAUGGAUUGGUUUUAAUGGAAGGAAUUGAUUAUGGUUGCUAUGUUGGUAAUCCAGUAUUACAACAGUGGGUUAAAAUCCCUUCUUGUCCAUAUAAAUCUCAUCGGUUUGGUUUCGUGACUCGUGUGGACGAGGACGGAGUCGUUUUGAGCUUCAAAGUGCUUAGGUUAAAGGAUGAUAUACUUAGGGAUAUGUGCAUAUAUUUCUCUGAGACAGGGAUUUGGACUUACAAGAGACUUCACAUCCCUUCUUGCGCCGUCUACUCAUGUCAUAUGAGUUUCAAUGGGCUGCAUUAUUUUUUGUCUGGAGCAUGGGUAAAUUCAGACGCCGAAAAGGUCAUAGCUCAUGAUUUCUACUCUAAAUCCGAUCAAUUCCGGGCUAUACAACUCCCGGAUCACUACGGCGAAAAAUACAAAAGAACAUUGACUACAUCUUGA